GCAGCCGAGAGCGCGGAGGGCGCGAGCCGGGAGCAGGGAGCCUCUGGCGGCCGUUUCCAGGAGUCCAGUCUGCCUCCUGCUCCGGGGGAGGACGGUGUCCUGUGCCCGAGUCUAUCGAGGAAAAAUGAAGUUAAGCCGCCAGUUCACCGUGUUCGGCAGCGCGAUCUUCUGUGUUGUGAUCUUCUCGCUCUACCUGAUGCUGGACCGGGGUCACUUAGAUUACCCCAAGAGCCCGCGCCGCGAGGGCUCCUUUCCUCAGGGCCAGCUAUCAAUGUUGCAAGAAAAAAUAGACCAUUUGGAGCGUUUGCUAGCUGAGAAUAAUGAGAUCAUCUCAAAUAUUAGAGACUCGGUCAUCAAUUUGAGUGAGUCUGUGGAAGACGGUCCGAAAAGUUCACAAGGCAAUUUCAGCCAAGAUGCUGGCUCACCUUUUCUGCCAUCGAAACACUUGGCUCUCACAGUUGACCCUGAAGACUGCCUAUUUGCUUCACAAAGUGGAAAUCAGAAUUCAGAUGUGCAGAUGUUGGAUGUUUAUAGCCUAAUUCCUUUUGACAAUCCAGAUGGUGGAGUUUGGAAGCAAGGAUUUGACAUUACCUAUCAAUCAAAUGAAUGGGACACUAAGCCCCUGCAAGUGUUUGUGGUGCCUCAUUCCCAUAAUGACCCAGGUUGGUUGAAGACUUUUGAUGAGUACUUUAGAGAGAAGACUCAGUAUAUUUUUAAUAACAUGGUUAUCAAGCUGAAAGAAGACUCCCGGAGGAAAUUUAUGUGGUCUGAGAUCUCCUAUCUUUCUAAGUGGUGGGAUACCAUAGAUACUCAGAAGAAGGAUGCUGUUAAAAGUUUACUAGCAAAUGGUCAGUUUGAAAUUGUGACAGGUGGCUGGGUUAUGCCUGAUGAAGCUGCUACACAUUAUUUUGCCAUAAUUGACCAACUAAUUGAAGGACAUCAGUGGCUGGAAAAAAAUCUAGGAGGAGUGAAGCCUCGAUCUGGUUGGGCUGUUGAUCCUUUUGGACAUUCACCAACAAUGGCAUAUCUUCUAAAGCGUGCUGGAUUUUCUCAUAUGCUUAUCCAGAGAGUACAUUAUGCGGUGAAAAAGCAUUUUGCACUGCAUAAAACACUGGAGUUUUUUUGGCGACAGAAUUGGGAUCUGGGAUCUGGCACAGAUAUUUUUUGCCACAUGAUGCCCUUCUACAGCUAUGACAUCCCUCACACUUGCGGACCUGAUCCUAAAAUAUGCUGCCAGUUUGAUUUUAAACGGUUUCCUGGAGGCAGAUUUGGUUGUCCCUGGGGAGUCCCCCCAGAAACAAUAACUCAUCAAAAUGUCCAAAACAGGGCUGAGAUGCUUCUAGACCAGUACCGAAAAAAGUCAAAACUUUUCCGUACUAAAGUUGUUUUGGCCCCACUUGGAGAUGACUUCCGCUACUGUGAACGCACAGAAUGGGAUCAUCAGUUCAAGAAUUACCAGAUGCUUUUUGAUUAUAUGAAUUCUCAACCUAGUCUUAAUGUUAAGAUACAAUUUGGGACUUUGUCCGACUAUUUUGAUGCAGUGGAUAAAGAAGAUGCAGCCAGUAGAGAGAAUAGCCAAUUGCUGUUCCCUGUUCUAAGUGGAGAUUUUUUCACUUAUGCGGACCGUGAUGAUCACUACUGGAGUGGUUACUUUACAUCCAGGCCCUUUUACAAACGAUUGGAUAGGAUAUUGGAAUCCCAUUUAAGGGCUGCUGAAAUUCUUUACUACUUCGCCCUGAAACAAGCUCAGAAAUAUGACAUAGAUAUAUUUCUUUCGUCAUCUCAUUACACGGCACUGACAGAAGCCAGAAGGAAUUUGGGACUGUUUCAACAUCAUGAUGCUAUCACAGGAACUGCAAAAGAUUGGGUCGUGGUGGAUUAUGGAAUCAGGCUCUUUCAUUCCUUAUUGAGUUUGAAGAAGAUAAUUGGACAUUCUGCACUACUUCUUAUUUUGAAGGAUAAGCGCUCGUAUGACUUAUUCUCUUCUGAUACCCUCCUAGACAUGGAUUUUAAACAAAAGUCCCAAAGUUCUCUGCCACAAAAUAAUAUAAUAAGUCUGAGUGCGGAGCCAAGGAAUCUUGUGGUCUUUAAUCCUUCAGAUCAAGAGCGAAAUACAGUGGUCUCUGUCUUCGUGAGUUCACCCAUAGUACAAGUGUCUUCUGCUUCUGGAAAGCCUGUGGACAUUCAAGUUAGUGCAGUGUGGGAAGCAACGAGCACUAUUUCACAGACAACCUACGAGAUCUCUUUUCUAGCACAAAUGCCACCAUUGGGACUGAAAGUAUAUAGGAUUUUGGAAUUAGCAAAUUCGAACAUACAUUUAGCUAAGUAUAGCCUGUAUAAUGGUGACAUAAAAGAUAAAGGAAUUUUCAACAUCAAAACUUCAAAAAGUGCUGAAGAAGAUAUAACUCUAGAGAACUCCUUUAUUAAACUUCGGUUUGCUCAAUCAGGGCUUAUGGAGGAAAUAAUAAGUAAAGAAGAUGGUAAACGACAUGAAGUAAAAGUGCAGUUUUCAUGGUAUGGAACGACAAGUAAAAAAGACAAAAGUGGUGCCUACCUCUUCUUACCUGAUGGUGAAGCCAAGCCUUAUAUUUACACAACACCACCCUUGGUCAGAGUGCAGCAUGGGAAGUUUUUUUCAGAUGUGACUUGCUUUUUUGAACAUGUUGUCCAUAGAGUCCGAUUGUACCACAUACAGGGAAUAGAAGGACAGUCUCUGGAAGUUUCCAAUAUUGUGGACAUCCGAAAAGAAUAUAACCGUGAGAUUGCAAUGAGGAUUUCUUCUAACAUAAACAGCCAAAAUAAAUUUUAUACUGACUUAAAUGGAUACCAGAUUCAACCUAGAAUGACAAUGAGCAAAUUGCCUCUUCAAGCAAAUGUCUAUCCAAUGACUACUAUGGCUUAUAUCCAGGAUGCCGAGAACCGCUUAUCUCUGCUCUCUGCUCAGUCUCUGGGUGUUUCGAGUUUGAAAAGUGGUCAGAUUGAAGUGAUCAUGGAUCGAAGACUCAUGCAAGAUGACAAUCGUGGCCUUGACCAAGGUGUCCAUGAUAACAAGAUCACAGCUAGCUUAUUUCGAAUACUACUAGAAAAAAGAAGUGCCAUAAAUAUGGAAGAAGAAAAGAAGUCGGUCAGUUUUCCUUCCCUCCUUAGCCACAUAACUUCUUCUUUUCUGAAUCAUCCCAUCAUUUUAAUGGCAGAAAAGGUUUACAUGCCCACCCUUCAGCUGCUUGGUGAAUUCUCUCCAUUGCAGUCAUCCUUGCCUUGUGAUAUUCAUCUGGUUAAUCUGAGGACAAUACAGUCAAAGGUGGACGGCAAACACCCCGAUGAGGCAGCCUUGAUCCUCCACAGGAGGGGAUUUGAUUGCCGCUUCUCUCACAGAGACACAGGGCUGUUUUGUUCCACUACCCAGGGAAAGAUAUUGGUACAGAAACUUUUUAGCAAGUUUACCGUUGCAAGUUUCAUACCUUCAUCAUUAUCCUUGAUGCAUUCACCUCCAGAUGCCCGGAAUAUAAGUGAAAUCAAGUUGAGUCCCAUGGAAAUCAGCACAUUCCGAAUCCAGUUGAGGUGAACCUGACUUCGUAUUUGGAUUGGGAAACAUUAGCUUUUAUAUACUUCUUGAUUUUACGUGCAAUAAGGAAGCACAUUAUUUAAGCUUCUGGCUACUGUGAGAACAUGAGUUCUGUGAUUUUUUUUUUUCAAUCAGUUCAGUUAAAAAGAAAAGCCAUGCUAUGAACCAUUUUUUUUUAAGUACCCUCUAUGAUCUGCCAACUAAAGUAUGAAUUGAUUCUACAAAUGAAGAAAUGUCUAAAGACAACCUCUCAACAUACUGUAUCUCAGGUUAUAUGCUAACUAAUUAUAUCUGUGUUGGGGUUGUGAAGAGAUUGUUCUAAGUAUUCAUAUUGCUGAUCCUUUGUUAGUCUUACUAAAAUACCCGUUUUUACCAAAAUGGAAUAAAAAGCUGGUGGGUAAUAGCUAAUGGCCAAAAUGGUUGCAAUUACUCAUACACAUGAGAAAAAAUUUAUGUGUUGAAAUAUGUGGAAAAGUGCAAUCCAUCAACCCUUAUGAUAUAUAUAUAUAUAUAUAUAUAUAUACACACAUAGCUGAUUUUCACACCUUUUUCUAAUAUACCACUUGACCCUACCCUUCCCACCCUUUCUAAGUAUUUCCAGAAGUAUCAGAUUUUAAAUCAUUCAAUAGUAGAAAAAGAAGCAUAUUUUCAUUACUUGACAAUGUGGGAUAGGUGCAAUUUAUUCCAUUGUCACUAAAAUAGAAGAAGCAAUUCCAUAGGUACCAUAACCUACUUUAGGUACCACAAGGUGUCUUUUUACACAGCUCAUUUGAAUACAGAUGUUCUGAAAAGGGGUUUUCUAUUUUAACAUUACCAUAUAAAAAUAAAUGUGCCUUAUUUUUUUAUAAGUCUUGUUAAAUUUUUUGGUGUCCAUAUUACUGUUUGGGGAAGGGGGGAGGUUAUGGGUUGGGGGAGGGCAUGAGUGCUUUCUAUACAUAAAUUGUAUGAUUUUUGCCUGAUAUUGCUGGCCACAUUCUGACUGGGUUCAUUGAAUUUGUGGUGAUGUUACUCUAAACGUUUUGACUAUUUGAAUGUACUAAGAUGUCAGAAAACAAAACAAGGAAGAAAAAUACUGUUAAUUAAAUAUGCUGCUGCCAAGGAGACUGCAACUUGAAACAAGGGUUUGGUAACAUGCAAAAUUCACAUAUUGUUUCCAUUUUUAUGGGAGUUAACCAUAUUGAAGAGAGAAUGCUUUAAAAUAGACCCUGUUUUAUACCCACUUAUAUGUAAUCCAUCAUGAUUUAUCUUAUUUAAAGAAUAUUUGUUCAGUGAAUUCCAAACUUGUGUAUGCGCUAACCUCAAAGUGAAGUUCUGAAGCCAUGUGCCAUUACAAUAUUUCUGAUAAAAUUUAUUUGGGAUCAUUGUUAACUGGACAUUAAAAUAAAAGCAACAUUGGCAUCAUUUUCAACAUUCAAUUUUAGCAGGAUUUUUUCUACACUGCAAAAUUCUCUUUGUGUUAGCUGAUAGACUUAGUAUUAUCUGACUUUAAACUUCCUGUAUUCUAACCUCUUUGUAAAGAAAUUAAAACCUAAUUUCUUUGUCAUUAUGUAGUCUGAUUAUCAUCUGGAUUUUCAAUCAAGAUGCAGCUCCUGAGAUUGUUAUGUUAAAUUCAUAAACUUCUUUUGCCUUUAAUAAUUAAGGAAACACUACCAGUGUUGAUAAAGAUAUUACAAGGGAAUAAUUUCAUGCAAUAAACAUGUACUGUAAGUUUCCUUUCUCAUUCUGGGGAGACAAACAACUGAAAAAAGAAAAUGCUUCCUUUUUGUGGACAUCUACAGAUGUUAGGAUUGCUAGAAGCAAAUCCCAGGAAUAAGAUCAGUGUUUUCAUUGCAUCUUAAAUGUAAAACCUUCCUCUGGGAGUUCCCUGUGUUUUGUGGUUAAGUGGAUGUACUUAAUUGUUCCAGAAAUUCUGAUUAGUUGAAGUAAACAAUCUUGAUGCAAUAACAGUGGUUUUGGCACUUCUGGUUGUUUGAAAUGGAUCUGUUCCACUUCAGCCAGGGUCUUACUCAAUGUGUGUUGCCACCAACUGUUCACAAGUAAAGCAGAAAUUCUCUUUAACCAGCAAGUUUCUGCUUUUCAUUUUUAGAAUAAAUCAUCAGGGAAAUGAAGAGAGGAUGCUUUUGCUUUGGUUGUGGUCAAGAACUGAUUAAAUAAUUUAGUGUUUCUAGCACACACUAAAAACCAUAUACUUAAGUCGUGAUCUCUGUGACUUAUUUGUUUGCUUAGGUUUCAUUACAUUUAUUAUCACAGAUGUUCAGUUGACCAAGAAGUUCAUUCACUUUUUUUUUUUUUUAAUUUUUAAUUCGGGGUUAUAACUGCAGUGUUUGAUAACUCAAGCAUCCUUCUUUUCUACAAAUACUGAAUAAAAUAAAAUGGUAUAAAUGUAUUGUAAAAACAUUGUAAUUACCUUCCCUUGUCUUUAUUGUACUUGUGCUAAAAUAUUUUCACAUUCCUUAGAAGAAAACCUUUGCUUUCCUUUUGAUUAUAUGCUUACCUUGGAAUCGAUAAGUUUUGAUAUUUUCUCUUGAAAGAUUUUAUAUAUCUUUUUGGGAAUAUGUAAUAUAAAAUCUCUAAUAAAAGAUAAACCUUAUG